GGUACCGGUCUUAAGGAUGUGCUUCCGGAGGCGUGAGGAAACUUUAUGGGCGUGUGACAUGAACCGGGAGGAACUUGAUUUCCAGGUAACAGACACGCAGGAGCUAGUUCAGGCUGUGGAGACGUUAAUGCAGUACCACUUUCCUACUACCGAAGGUCCUUUGUGGUGUGGACGUCUCCUUCCUGCCAGUGACCCUGGCUGCAGUUUCCGGCAGGAGUUGUCUGCCACUUUUCCCUACACCUACACAUUACUGCUGGCCAAUCACCACGGCAUCGCCGAUGGUACCUCAAACAUGUACAUUGUGAACGCAUUCCUCAACGUGUUGGACGACAUGCUCUCCGAUAAGGCCGUCGACGACGCAGUUCAGCUGGGCAGGAUUGAUGCUGGAGAGGAAACCAAAGAUAUAAUUACAACCCGGAUGAUGGAACUGAUGGAGGACGAAGACCAGUACCAGCAGCUACGAGAGAAUAUGAAAAAGUCAAAACAAGAUGAAAAAUUAAUCCCACGUACUUAUCCGAUGGCGAAAGAUCCUGCUUUUAAGAGUCAGAGAGUCCUGCGUGACCUGGACAAGGAGACCUACCAAACCUUCAUCAGCAAGUGCAAAGAAGAGCAAAUUACGUUGAACAGUGGACUACUGGCGGUGUUCAACACAAAGCUCGUUGACUUCGUGUUGGAAGGAGGCCUAGAACAAGACUUUUACAGAAUCCAAGAGCUUCAUGCUGUUAACAUGAGACGUCAUUGGUCAAGUAACACAUCGGGAGCACUGGGUGCUCACAGAAUGAUGAUGAGGAACGUUGUCUCGACGCCUCUUAAUUGGAAGGACCACUUUUGGGACUAUGCCAGAAGCAUCCAUAAAAAUAUCACUAAAAGUCUUCAAGAAAAGUAUGCAGUGACGUGUGAAUUAUUAUUGUUGGGUGGAGGAAAUGUAGAAGAUAUUUUUGCAGAACGAUCAUCACCAGAGUAUGACUAUGCCUCAUUCAACAUGGGUAACAUAGACCAUAUCAUCCUGUCAGAAAGGCAUAAGGUAAGGCUCCAACAUCUUUUCGUGGUUACCUCAUGCUUUACUGAACCUAUGGGACACGUUUCACACCCUGCGAGGACGCCUCAUAUACAGCUUUGUUUACGCCAACGACGUUCUCACUCGGGAUAAAGCUCAGAAAUUUAUGGAUAAGACCUUUGAGAACCUGGUGACAGUGCUGAACAUGUAAGCAGAGCAGUACACUGCUGAUAGAAAACAAAUAUGGUGAUUUACUAUCUCAGAAAUCAUUAGUAUAGCUUGACAGUUGUCAUACUCAGAAGACAAGCCACAAGGUGAUAUGACAAAAGUAU